GAUAUGAAGCCAUUCAAAGUUGUUUCUGGUCGAUGCAGGAAGCGCAAGUCAAAGUCUGCAAAGGUUGAAGUCAAGCAAGAGCUGGUGAUUAAAGAAGAGCCCAAUGAUGGUGACGAUGGCAUGAAUAUACCACGGCCGACAGUUGAUGGAAGAUAUCGUGUGAAAUACGAAGGGCCGAUUAACUUUGCCCGUGACUUCGAUCAGAUUAAAGAUGAAAUCAAAUGUGAAGAAGAAAAGACGAGCAAAGGAAAGGACUCGGUACCAUGUGAACGAUCGAAUGACAGCGACGCCAACUAUGAUGACAACGAAGACCCCAUGGAUGACGCAAUCGAUGUUCAACAACCGGAAUCAGUUGGCAGCGGGAAGAAACGGAAUGAAGGCGCCAAAAGACGAAACAAACGAACAAUUCCCGGGAAUCAAGCGACCAAAAAGCAAAAGAAGCACAAAUGCCAUGUGUGCAAUCAUGUGGCAGAUUAUAAGUCCCAUCUCAAACAAACAAUUCGUUCAACAGAUUUAUUCAAAUCAGCAUUUGUCUUAGCACACAGUGACCAAUUCCCAUUCCAAUGCUCCAAGUGCUUCGGAGGAUACGCAACCGAAGAUGCAAAAGAGGUUCAUGAAGGUAGCUGUGGCCACCGUCAGUACCAAUGCCAUUUGUGCAAAGAGCAUCGUCGAGACAAAGAUGCUUUGAAAAUUCACAUGCGAAAGGAUCACACCGGAGAGCGAAUUCAAUGCGAAGUGUGUGCAGCAAGCUUUGCCGAUGGAAGUAAUGCCAAUCGACACAUGAAGGCACUUCACCGUUUGAAGAAGAAAUAA